AUGAAGAUCGCCACUUCCCUUAUCGCUGCCCUUUUCUUGGCCUCGGCUGCCACUGCCGUCAUGCCCGAUGACCCCGCCAAGAUCGAUACCUGCACCAAGCCCGGUCAGGUCGCUUUGACCUUCGAUGACGGUCCCGGCCUCUACAACGACCAGCUCUUGGCCCUCUUGGCCAAGAAGAACGUCAAGGCUACCUUCUUCGUCCUUGGUUCCAUGGUUGCUGCCAACGCCCAGCAGGCCGGAGCCCUCAAGAAGAUCCUUGCUGGCGGCCAUCAGUUGGCCUCGCACACCUACUCCCACGGCAACUUGGACAAAAUGACCGAAGACGCCAUGCGCUUGGAGAUCUCCAAGACCUCAGACAUCAUGUUCCAGCACGCCGGUGUCCGCCCCGCCUACAUGCGUGCCCCCGAGGGUAACUGCGCAGCCGUCUGCACCAAGGUCAUGGAGUCCCUCGGCCUCGUCAUCUCCCACUGGAAUGUCGACACCAACGACUGGCGCUUCACGACCUUGGCCCCCGCCGCCGCCACCGAGAAGUCGAUGGAGGAGAUCAACAAGGUCAUCAUCCAGGGCUCCAACCCCGCCACCGACUCCUCCAUCCUCCUCGAGCACGAGAUCCACAAGUUCUCCGUUGACCUCCUCGCCGAGCGUGUUAUCGACGCCAUCACCGCCAAGGGUUACAAGUUCGUCACCAUGGAGGAGUGCGUUGGCAAGCCCGCUUACCUCACCGGUUCCGUCGUCCCCCCCGUUGUUCCCCCCACCACCAACACCACCACCACCGGCGCCGUUGUCCCCCCUACCGGCUCCGUCGUCGCCCCAUCCGGCAGUGCUACCAUCGGUUCUCCUCAGUCGACCGCCUCUGGCACUGGCGCCAUCGUCCCCACCAUCACCACCGGUAACAAGGGCACCAACUCUGCUGGCCUCGUCCGUGCUGGUGCCUGGGCCAUGGGUGUUGCCGCCGCUGUCGGUUUCGCCAUGCUCUAA